CUGUAACAUGGCAAUAUCCUCAGUGUCUUUUAAAGAAGAAUAAUAUUUGAUACGAUAUUUAUGAAAUUUUUAUUUUGAAAUGACUGAAGUAAAAAAAGAUGAUAUCGUUAAAAUAUUACAUACGUAUCCUCUUUGUAGAAAAUGUGAUAUGUCAGAUGAAAUGAAACAAGAAGCUAUGGAAUUAUGCAUCACUGCAGCGGAAAAAUAUGCGGACAAUUAUGAAAAUGUUUCACGAAUGAUCAAAGAAACAAUGGAUAAAAAAUUCGGUGCGUCAUGGCAUACAGUUGUUGGUGAAGGCUACGGAUUUGAAAUAACUUAUCAACUUAAACAUCUAUUAUAUAUGUACUGUGCUGGAAAUUUAGCAAUAUGCAUAUGGAAAUCAGCAUAGUGGUACUUACAAAAAUUAAAUUAUUAUUAUAAAUUAUUAUAAUUUUUUUAAAAAUUAAUUUCAUAAUUUUUGUUUUUUUUUUUUAAACACUGAUGCUAUAACUAUGAUGCUGAAACUAUAUAUAUAUAUAUAUAUAAUUACUAUAAGUACUAUAUAAAUUGAUUUUAUAAAAUCGCAAUUAUUGAUUGCGAAACGUAUAUUUACG